AUGGUUGAUGUGGCUGUCCUUGUUACUGACUGUUGCCAGUGCCAUCUGUGCAUAUUAGGCCAGUUAAUAAAUGACUCCAAGCUGGAUGUGACCAUUGGUCCUUACGAGACAUAUGAAGACACACUUUUUGGGUACAAGGCAACAUUUGAGGCAUUUGUGGGAAUACGAGAUGACAUAGCAACAUCUCAAGUCAAACUUUUCGGAGAUCAUCUUCAGGACUUGGAACAAAAUCUUCCAAUGGACAGUAUGUAUAAAUCAAAAGAUGUAGUUGCAGCUCCAAUCCGUGUAAUUCAACUUGUCUACAAUGCUGGGGAUGUGAAAGGUCCCCAAACUGUUGCUUUUAAUUUGCCAAAUGAUGAGCGCAUAGUGAAUGAACGUGGAACAUCUAUGGUCUUGCUGAAGAAUGUAUCAGAGGCCAAAUUUAAGCACAUUCUACAGCCCAUAGCUGAUGUGUGCAUCAAAGAGGAUCAGAAGGAAUUUAUCGAUUUUGAGUCCUUUUAUACACACACAAUUUGCCACGAGUGCUGCCAUGGAAUUGGGCCACACACCAUUAUUCUCCCAAAUGGUGUUCAGUCAACAGUUAGAUUAGAACUUCAAGAACUUCACUCAGCCUUGGAGGAAGCGAAAGCAGAUAUUGUUGGACUUUGGGCACUGAAGUUCCUUGUCGAUCAGGAACUACUUCCAAAAAGUUUUUUGAAGUCAAUGUAUGUAUCUUUUUUGGCGGGUUGCUUCCGAUCAAUACGCUUUGGACUAGAAGAGGCACAUGGGAAAGGGCAAGCUUUGCAAUUUAAUUGGUUACACGAAAAUGGAGCCUUUCUCAUGCAUGCAAAUGGAACAUUUUCUGUUGAUUUUAUGAAGGUUGAAGGAGCUGUUGAAAACCUUAGCAGGGAGAUCCUGACAAUUCAAGCAAAAGGUGACAAACCUGCUGCUAUGUCACUUCUUCAACGCUAUGCGAAAAUGACACAACCACUUCAUAUUGCUUUAGAAAAGCUAGAAAGAGUCCAGGUACCUGUUGAUAUUGCUCCUAUUUUCAGCGUGGCAGACAAAUUCUUGGAGAAGAUUCAUUGACAUGGUGACAAGUUUGCUAAAAGGCAGGCUUCAUUCGAUAAACCGGCACGUACUGAUUUGAAAACUCAUAAGCAGGUAUGGAGGUAAAUAAUUAUAUGUUGUCAAACCUCCAUCAAAGUUUUCUUAGUUACAAAGACAAUGAUUUUGCUGUCAAAAAUCAUUCCCAAGUCUUAUGUAGGUCACUCACUUUAUUCGAACUUUGACUCGCCAACAUUCUGUAUUACAUAUAUGAAGAAUAAAAACAUACACGAAACAUACGUUUCUUGAGCUUUCA